AUGCCCAUCUUCCAAGAAGACAUAGACCACGCCCGCCCGCCUAUUGCGUCGCCCCAACGCUCGCCGCCACAGCCAGAUGCGAGGCUCCUCGUCAACGACGCAUCGCUCGGCUCCAGGCGUCUCUCCGAAGUCAGCUUGCCUGCUGAGUUCUGCGAAGGCCCAAUACCAGAUAGUCCCGAGCAGCGUCCGGAGGCGCCUAUAAUUCACAAUGAGUCGCACAUGAUCGAUAGAUCGGUGCUGAUCGAGAGGCUAAAGCGAGGGGGGAGCCCAUCAUGGAUCCCCAGCCCCUACCACCUGGACUCUCGAAUACAGAAUCCCACUUCACCACAGCCCUCCCAGACGUCACCGCAGUCCCCUGGUCUACUGCCCUCGCCACAAAUAACUCCAGAAAAGAACCAGUCCCCCUCGCCAAUACACAAUCCACUACAGGACGGACUCGGCAUCGAGCGCCCGGGCUCUGCUCUGCACAGCGGUGACUUCACCCACGAUGAAUGCUCCUCUGCCUCCUCUACGCAGGAUGAGCGCCACGGCAAAACGCCAUCCAGACACCGCCAGGACCACCUCUGCACGGACAUGGCCUGGAUGGCCACCUCGCCGCCCCGGCCAUCCAUGGCUCUUGACCGGCACAGCCCGUUUGCUGAGCCUGGUGCCAGCUUCAAGUCGACGCUGUCGUCGUCGUGUUCCUCCACGUUUGCGUACCAGCUACCGACGAGCCCGCUCGCGCAGUCAGUGACCAACGAAGACCAGGGCGCCUUCACCGCGCCGUUCCGUGAGAGCAGCCUCCUUAGCAACAAGAUGGACUUGUCCCGCAGCAGCUACGACGAGUCGUCACCGUUCUCAUCGCCCUUACGGUCAUCACGCGGUGCCCAUGGACGUGCCUCGUUCCGCAGGGAAGCGACGUUUCCCUAUCAAGCGCAUCAGCCACGCCGCUCCUCUGGCUCCGGCAUGAAUUUUAUACACCCAGGAUCCUCACCACAGCGCCCCCUUACUCACUCUCGCCGCCCGUCUCUCGGGUCCGAGUCACCCUCGCUUCACGCCUCCAUGGUUGGUUCAUACGAGGAGAGCAUCCUUCAAGGCCGCAUGUCUACGACGCCGUCCAAGCCGUUUGAUUUCAUGGCCCAGAUCGGCGUGCUCGGCAAGGGGAAGUGCAAGUCGCGCCUGCGAUGCCCACCACACGUCACUCUACCAUUCCCCGCCGUCUUUUACAGCUAUAGCAACACCAGCGCCGCGCGGUCUCAAAGCAAUGAUGGGCCGAGUCCGUACGUCGGCCAGAUCGACCUCGAGAACGGUCUACCCAACCCGGACGUCGAGGCUGGGAAGCGCAGGGCAGUUCGGCAUCAGGCCCAGUCCGCCGACAUGGACAUGGACUUGGACAUGCUCUUGGAUGGCUCGCUCCUCCCAGACGACGAUACGCCCAAUACCGCACCGCUCAAAGCGCCGCCGGGCGGCAGCUACCGCAUCCCAGAAAAGGGUCAGAUCCAGAUCAUUGUCAAAAACCAGAACAAGACGGCCGUUAAGCUCUUCCUCGUCCCGUACGACCUCACUGGGAUGCCGCCCGGUACCAAGACGUUUGUCCGGCAGCGCAGCUACUCUCACGGGCCCAUCAUUGAUAACCUGCCUAACUUGUCGACCUCUGCUGCCGCCAUCGCUAUGGACCGCCCGACCCUACGGUACCUCGUCCACCUGCACAUCUGCAGCCCCAGCAAAGGUCGUUUUUACCUGUACAAAAGCAUCCGUAUCGUCUUUGCCAACCGUGUUCCCGAGGGCAAGGAGAAGAUGCGCAACGAGACCACGUGUCCCGAGCCGCGCUUCACGCCCUACAAGCCCAUCAGGCAGAUGCACCCGCCCUUGUCUUCCUCAUUUAGCAGCCGCUCCGCCGCCACACUCGCCACUGACAAGGCUCGCCGCCGCCGUAGCCUCGGCGUGCCCCUCAGCAGCGAGGCCGCGCAGCGAGCGCCCUUCUCCACCGCCGCCCUGGGCACCCUCAACACACAGCGCCGGCUCUCUAGUCCGCGUGGCUACCCUGGCGGCGGCCACACGCGCCCUGUCGAGCCCGUGCCGUUUCGCUUCCCCGCACCCCACGACGAUGUUGUGCCCGGGGUUGUAGACGACGUUGAUGGCCCCCCGCACUCAUCGCCGGGUAGUCGCCCCUCGACCUCGGACGCGUGGGGCUACGAGAAGCUCAGCAAAGGUAAGUUCGGCUACGGCAGCAGCCAUGUCUUUGCCGGCGGCGAUGUCGCGGGCGGCGGGGGCCUACCGGGCGGUGGCAGUCCGACUGAGGGCUUGCUCUCGCAGCGGCUGCGGUCACUGGGUGUUGAGAAGGCUGCGCAUGGUAUGCCGCCGUUUUGA